UACACUCACCUUUGUUGCCGGAGUUCUUCUUAGCUUCGCCCAACUGGCUACUAGACUCCGAUAGCUGAUUUGUCGGUUGCGAUACCCGCGGUCGGUGUCAUCUACCUCUCGUGACUCAAAGUAGUUCCCAACAGGGAAAUCUUUGUACCACCACGAGGGAGAAAUGCGAUGCUCGUAGUCUUCCCACCGCGCCAAAAGCGGCCAUUGAGGACCGAACUGGACGCCGGUUGGGUCGAACACGUAGACCACCCCGUCACUCAGAGUGAUGACAUACGCGCAGUGCAUGACGACGUAGUAACGGGAGGGCUGAAAUUCCAUUUCUCGAACCCUCACCACAGGUAGUCGAGGGUCUAAAGCAAGGUCAGCAAGCUGGCGAAACUGCAAAGUAUCUUCAAACGUGAAGCACUUACUGUCGAGGAUCAGGGUAUACACAAAGUCCCACAACCACCAGAAGGCGGCUCGGCAUUGUGAAUCGUGGAUCCACAUCCUCUCCCACCACCAUCGCUGCUCGGGGUUGGCUCCGGUCGGAUACGGAACCCAGGGAUGCUCGCGCUCCCGUCCGGCGGCCUCAAGCCCAUCUUGCAAAGCGACGCAGAUGCGCCCCAGCUCGGCUUCCACGGUGGUGACAUCCCUACUGUGUCUACGACACAAGCGCUCGCUGUGCCUCGCCGUAUCAAAGAGGACUGCUGCGCAGACGCGGCAUCGGGGGACCAUGAGGUGGAAGGUGUGCCAUUUCUUGAAUUUGAUGUUCCAGGGUUUGUCGAGUUUAUCGUCUUCCAUGUUGACAAGUUGGUGAUCAAAUAUCGAUCAAUAAAGAGGUGGUGAUGGCAGAUUGAGCAGUUGGGUUUUUUUGUGUUGGGUGCGGGGACAAUCGUAGGUGUUUGAGCAUUAGCGAAUGCCUUCCUGUUUGAUUGUC